AUGAAUGAUGCUAGAUGCAACAACUACAUCAAGAACUACGAUCCUAAAGAGUUUAGGUACUGUUCACAGUAUCACAACUGCAUACAACAAGGCUGCGCAAACCAACGCAACCAUCCCAACGGCACCGACUACAGAUACUGCCCAGACCACCGCUGCGACCACCAAGACUGCACAAACCCAAAAUCCCCGCCCUCCUCCUUCUGCGCCUCCCACACCUGCGCCGCUCCCUCCUGCCUAGCCCGCUGCCCCGGCGCAACUGGCGACCCCCACGACCCGUCCCGCCACUGCGACCGUCACCGCAUGUGCGCCACGCCCGGCUGCCGGCGCUUCGCCCACGUAAACGAGCACGGCGUCCCCUCGGCCCACUGCGGCGAGCACCACUGCAGGUUCGAGCAGCAGCCGCCGUGCGGCAACGCGAGGGCGGCGGGCGCCGGCGAGGAGGUUUUGAUAUCUGCCCCUGAGAUCACCUGGCAACCCGCUGCCGGAGAGCAGGCUGCGACGCCCGCGUCGUCGAAGGAGGAAGCCUCUGCCUAG